UAUUAUUUUAUAGCUUAUUAGAUGGUUUUUCCAUUGUGUUAUUCGGGUAGGCCUAUAUAGAAAUCACCAGAAGUGUUUUGGUAUCUUCAGAUUUUUACUUGUAUAUCUUCUUUGAAUGCUUUAUAAUGGCAUCCAGGCGAAAAAAAUCUCGGCCGACAAAAAUAGCUGAAUUCGAGCCAUUGAUUGAUAUUGAACAAAACAGUGUUGAUCAAGCUUUUUUUGACCAAGAAGCUAUAGAAGAUGAUCAAGCUGCUAGAAUUAAAAGGUUUCUUGAAGAGGAAUCUGAAGAUACACCUGAAAAUAGUUUCGAACAAAUUAAGCAAUCACCUGUGAAGAAAAUUCUUGGGAAUCCUGAUAAAUCAACAGUGUCCUCUACGUUGGAUAUUGUUGAAGCGGUUGAAGCUGUAACAAAACAUUUCACAAAUUCAUAUCCAAAUGGAACAAUUCCUGCCAAUUUACGAUUCCAUCAGCUCACAUCAGAUGAUGACACAAUAGACUAUACCAUACAAGCUCAAUCACAUGGGAUGACAAAUGGAACUGCCUUAAGGCAACCUUUAAAAGGUUUAGGAAGGAAGAAAACAGGUGAAUCAAUGCAGAAACAUUCAACUCAUUACAAGUACUUGUUGGCUUUAUCUAUGCCAGGAGUGAAAAGAGGACCUGCAAAACGUAGUAGAGUGAGAGAUGAGGACUGUCCAAGAUACACAUGUGAAACUUGCAAAUAUGUUACGAAUCGUAGCGAUCAUUUUAAACGACAUCAGAUGACACAUUCAGCUGAUAAACCAUUGAAAUGUCACAAAUGUAGUUAUGGUACUGGACGAUCAGAUCAUUACAAGAGACAUUUACAACGUCACGGGAUGAGCGAAAAGGAUAUAAUUGACUGUUGUGCACGUAAUGGACUAAAGUUGAAAAAUAUACCAUCAAAUAAUACAAACGUUAAAAGUGCAAAUAAAACGACACAGGAUAAUAAUACCAAGCCGCCUGCAUUGGUGGUCAAAAAGGAACCUGUACCGGAGAUCAAAUAUAUUCCAGAAAAGGUGACAUUUCUUGAUCCGGGGGCAACCCCUCCGAAUACGAUACUUGAUGGGGGAGACGAACUGUCAUCUGAUAGUAAAAGGUUUGAAUGCUCGAAGUGUGAAUAUACAACAAACAAAAAAAGCCAUUUUACUCGUCAUCAACUCGGCCACACAAAAAAUACAUUCACAUCAUGUGCAAAGUGCAAUAAGUCUUUUAAAACAACAUCGUAUCUUCAUAGACACAGAUGCAAACCACAGCGUCGUUGUGCUCAAUGUAAACAAAUCUUCAUAAAUCAUGAAGCUAUGUUGUUACACACUGCUCAAGAACAUCCUGAUACCCCGCAAUUUGUUGUAACCAAAAAUGAAUUCUCUGAAACAGAAGCAGAGCUAGAUUUGUGUUUAUUAAACGGCACUUUUUCAGAUCAAAAUCAAAUUGAAUAUGCGGUUAAUGAAACUGAGGAUAAUACUGCUGAUAUGACCGAGCCAAUGGAUUUAUCAAAAUGCAAAUCUGAAAAGCAAGAUGAAAAAACUUUAAUAUUUGAUGUUCAAGUCCCUAAUCGUGAAAAACUGGACAUGCCCACUCAAAGCAUUUCAUCAGAAACCAAAAUAACGGUUGUUGGUACUGGUCCGCUUGAAGAUACAGUGCCUCACUAUGUUCCUUUGCAAAAACAAACUGUUUCAAUGCAGAGCGAUCUUACUGCCAUGGGAAAUUUUAGGUGCACUAAAUGUAGUGCAUGGUUUAAUAAACUAAAUGAAUAUUCAGCUCACCAGUGUAUCUAACUAUACUAUUUUGUCUUGGAAUUUCAUCUCUGGUCUUUCAACUGUGUGCAAAGGAGGAUGACGAAAAUGUCACUAUUAGGCGUCAAACGUUGAUCAUAUUUUUUUAAAUUGCUUCUCAAAUCUGUCUGAUCCAUGUGAAGUCAGAGCUAGUGAUGGGAUUAUAAAAAGGUUCUUUUUUGUGGUCAUCUAAAGUCUAAAACAAGAAUGGGACCGUACAAACCCACAAAUCCCACCACUGGUCAGAGCUCCAACAGUUUAAAAAUUGAACAUUUUCAUUUGCGAAAGUUUUGCUGCAGAUCGAAUUCUAACUGAUGGCAUUGUAUGCUUGCCUGGAAGUGGUAUAUUGUAUUACUGUGGGAUACCUAUGCUGUGUAUAAGUAUCUAAUGAAGCUCCAGGACUGCCAAAUUUCUACCUCUAGAAACAUAUAUAUGUCUGAAUUUAUUUAAAAAUAAUAGUGCGUUUUAAGAAAGUUUAUACAGUCUAGCAUGAGGCUGACUGGAUAACAUGCUACUUUUUGAGUAGCUAUAUGACAUCCCUAUGUUGGAAUUUAUUUUUUUACAUGUUCUGGUCAAUAAUAUACUCACUUUUGAUUGUUUUGACAAUUGUGCCUUUAUUAGUGUUAUAUUUGUUUUCAUGUGAUAUGUGACUUAUUUGUAUCAAGACUGCAUGCUGAGCUGCUUACAGUGCCUUCAUUUCGAUUUGUUUUGAGGCAUUUUGUACUGGAAAAGAUGGCGUUUUUUGCCCAGAUUGUCUCUUGUCAAAUAUUUGUAUAGUACUGGUUAUUAUUAUAGUCUGUUGGUGCAUGUUGCAUUCUGAUUAUUUAAAAAAAAAUUCCACUUUGCAGUAUAUAAGAGGAAUCCACAAUAUACCAAAAAAAGAAUGAGCUGAAUAAGCUAUUGAGAGUUCAAGUAUAAACAUAAUGUAUGUUUUUGUUUGAAUUUGGAAAUGCUUUUUUAAUGAAUAUGGACAAAAUCAAAUACCGAUAAUUCAAAUCUAAAUAUAAUUUGCCAAAGUUAUUUUUGAGAAAUGUUAAGUAAAUGCUGUUUCAGAAAUGGUGUGAAACAUUUGCAAUUGCAUUCAUUGUCUUGAUGAUACUGCAGUACGGGAGUACCUUGCAAUGAGCUGUGGUGCAAAAAAAUAGGCUCCGACGAAAAUGUUCGACUCUUGAUUUAGAUUUUGAUCACUGAUACUUUAUAGUGUUGUAUAACAUGUCAGUUAUAAAAAAAGGAUGGGGGAAUUCCAUGCACUCUUUAAGACUUCUUAUUAUUAGACUCCACAACUCUUUUUCUGGCUAAUUAUUUCUCUCUUGUAUGUAUUGUUUUAAUUUUGGAAUUUACACCAUGCAGUCACUGCCACAAUUAUGUAUGAUCUUAUUAUUUCAAGCAAACGCAUGUUAUGGUUACUGUGAUGGAAGUUUGCAUCCACAAUAAAAUUUGCCAAAAUUUGCAAUAUGGUAAUGUUUGUAUGCAUCCAUCCAAUGAUCAAAUAUAUCUGCAUGAAUAUGA